AGAUGUAAUUUUUAGUUUGUAACACUGGCACCUAGAGGACAUUAAGUUCAUGAACGAGCACUAAAGUACUUUGCCUAUGUUUUGAAGUUUGAAGUUACAAAGAGAAACUGAAACUACUUAAAAGUGAAUGCGUCACUUUUCUUGAACACGCAGUAAAAUGGCAGAAGCGAGCAUUUCAUGGUUUCAGGAUCAGUUCAGCUGUUCAAUCUGCCUUGAUCUACUGAAGGAUCCAGUGACCAUUCCAUGUGGACACAGUUAUUGUAUGAGCUGCAUUACAAACUACUGGAAUCAGGAUAAUCAGGGAGGAGUUUAUAGCUGCCCACAGUGCAGACAGACCUUCACUACAAGACCUGCUUUAAAUAAAAACACCACGCUGGCUGAACUGGUGGAGAAACUGAAAAAGACAAGUCUUGAGACUGAUCAAUCUGAUCUUAGUUAUGCUGGACCUGAAGAUGUGGAGUGUGACAUUUGUACUGGGAGAAAAUAUAAAGCUAUCAAAACCUGUCAGGUGUGUCGGAACUCUUACUGUCAAACUCACUUUGAACAUCAUGAAGAACUUCAAUCAGGAAGACGACACCGAGUGAUUGAUGUCCCUAGAAGACUUCAGGAGAUGUUUUGCCCAAAACAUAAUAUACUCCUUGUUUUCUGUCGCACUGAUCAACAAAGUAUUUGUUUGCUUUGUACAAUGAAUGAACAUACAAAUCAUGACAUUGUAUCAGCUGCAACAGAGAGAACUGUGAAACAGAAACUACUGGAGGUCAACCAGAGAAAACUCCAGCAGAGAAUCAAGGAGAAAGAGAAGGAGCUUCAGAAUUUAAGAGAGGCUGUGAAGAUUCACAAGAUCUCUGCACAGACAGCAGUGGAGGACAGUGAAAGGAUCUUUACUGAACUGAUCCGAUCCAUUGAGAGAAGACGCUCUGAGGUGACACAGCUGAUCAGAGAUCGGGAAAAGACUGCAGUUAGACGAGCUGAAGAACCUUUGAAGAAACUGCAGCAGGAGAUUGAUGAUCUGAAGAGGAGAAAUGAGGAGAUGAAGAAACUUUCAAAAAAUAAAGACCACAUCAGUUUCCUUCAGAGUUUUCAGUCUGUCUCUUCAUCUCCUGGGACUACAGAGAACAUCACUGUCAGUUCUUUUCGCUUUUUUGAUGUGAGAGAAUCUGUCACUAAACUUAAAAAAAAGAUGGAGGAUUUCUGCAAAGAAGAGACUGAAAAGAUAUCUGGCAAAGUUUCAUACAUUGAAAUUAUUCCCAAUGAACCCAAGAUCAGAGCGGACUUCCUACAGUAUUUCAGAUGGUUCUCUCUGGAUCCAACCACAGCACAUAAACGUAUCUGUCUGUCUGAAGAGAACAGAGCAGCUACAGAAACUGACGCAUUUCAGCCGUAUCAUGAUCAUCCAGACAGAUUUGAUUCUUGGUCUCAGGUGUUGUGUAGAGAGAGUUUGUGUGGACGCUGUUACUGGGAGAUUGAGUGGACUGGUAGUAAAGGUGUGAGUAUAUCAGUGUCUUAUAAGAGCAUCAGUAGGAAGGGAACAGGUGAUGAGUGUUUAUUUGGAUACAAUGAUCAGUCCUGGAAACUGCUCUGCUCUCCCUCUAAAUGCUCAUUUUGGCACAAUAAGAUAAAGAUAGAUCUCCCAGUAGUGUCCAGUUCUAGUAGAAUAGGAGUUUAUGUGGAUCACAGUGCAGGAGGUUUGUCUUUCUUCAGCAUCUCUGACACAAUGAAACUCAUCCACAGAGUCCACACCACAUUCACUGAACCUCUCUGUCCUGGGUUUGGGUUAAAUUGGCGCUCAACACUCAAACUGUGUCAUCAAAGAUUAUAAAUGAUACAUAGCAAAGGCAUCCUGAUCAUUCAAACUGAAGGGGCACGUGCCCCAUUGGACUUUUAAGCAAGCGGAUUUUGCAAGCAACCUCAAAAUCACAAGGCAUCUUUUCAUCUGUUACUUUGUUUUAUAGGAAAAAUAUGGUCCGGUAUUUGCUUUUCUGAGAUUUUUGCUGUUUUAAUCACAUGCUUCAUUCUGGACACAAUGCAUUAUUAUUGAAUUACAGCGCUGGCACCAUUAUCAUAUCACACAUUGUCAUGGGCACAUUGAUGGUGUUGCUGCGUUUUGUAAUCUGAUCAAAUUAAAACCGCCAUCAGAAAUGCUCACAAUACUUUUGAAAAGCAGUAGCGACUGCAAUGUUCAGUUUACCGUAGCUUUGUACAAAUAUGAUGGUUGAGGUGUAUCAAGAAGUCCAUUUCUUAAUUUUUAUGUAUGGAUUUACCCACAGGGGGCACGGAUCAAAUAUGUGCUAUGAUAGAAAAAUGGGUCCCUUUUCUAUUUUUUUAUUUUUAUAGGCUUGUUUUUGAAAAUUGAAUGCUUUCAAUGCAAGUAAAUUGCCCAGAUAGCAUGCAACUGUAAGGGGAACAAAUAUGACCCCAUCCAUCCGUUUGGCCCAACGACGGAAUCCAAACGCUGGCGAUGAGUUAUAGCGCGUUCAGUCUUUUCCGGCGCUUAUAAAGACAAAUUAACGUUACGCAACUUUACACCUGACUCCAAAGAUAUAAAACGUAUUGUAAUAUGAAUCGAAUUGAUGUGAUUUUGGAAUUUGGAUAAAUGUUUGAUCAUUCUAUUUACUCAUGUUUACAUUGGACUCAUUCAUUCGAUUACCAAUGUCAUAUCAGUCCACACCGGCCGUUGUGUGGGUACUGAACACAAACUCGACCGUACUAGAGGUUGUAGCUAAAGCAAUUUAACAAAGUCAAUUUCUUGUUAAAAGGUCCCCAUAUAGCUCUCAAAAAUCGCCAAUUAAAUAUAAGACAUAAGACCAUAAUCAGAGGUUCGAUCUAGCUCCUUCUAGACGCCUAUAGUCAAAUCAUAGAACUAUAUAACAACAUGAUUAUGAAGAAGUAAUUAGAAUUACCAAGUGCGAUUACAAAACAACUUAGUUAAGGUUAAAUAAUUAAUCUGACCAUACAAUAACUAGAGGUUAUGGCUAAAGCAAUUUAACGAUACCGUUUCAUGUUUACGAGCUCUCAUUAAAUAGUAUCCAUAUAGCCCCCACAGUCGCUUAUAACACUUAAAAGAACUAUCACUCCGAUAGUCCAUGCGACUGCCCACCAACAUAGUUAAGAGGCAGAAUCUAAUUAACAUGAAUUAACCCCGAUCAAAGAUUUGUGGUAACAAAGGAUAUCGUAGUACUUUAUAGUAAUUUAGAAGAGUCAAUAAUACAGAGCAAAUUAGAAUGAAUGCAAAUGUAACAAUUUAUUAACCAGGUAGGAAAAACAUAAUUCAAAGCCAAUUAAUAUAUCCAAUUCAAAUACAAAACAAUAAAGCGAAAAACCAUUGCAUACCUGGUAAGGAGAUGAAGA